AUGUCAGAAGAAUCUAUAGCUUUAGUAGUUGAUAAUGGUAGUGGAAUGGUAAAGUCUGGUUUAGCAGGUGAUGAUGCACCUAAAUGUGUUUUCCCUUCAAUUGUAGGUAGACCUAAAAUGCCUAACAUUAUGAUAGGAAUGGAGCAAAAAGAAUGUUAUGUUGGCGAUGAAGCACAAAAUAAAAGGGGUAUAUUAACCCUAAAAUAUCCUAUAGAACAUGGUAUUGUAACAAAUUGGGAUGACAUGGAAAAAAUAUGGCAUCAUACUUUCUAUAAUGAAUUAAGAGUAUCCCCUGAUGAACACCCAGUUUUAUUAACUGAAGCUCCAUUAAACCCUAAAACAAAUAGAGAAAGAAUGACUCAAAUUAUGUUUGAAACAUUUGAAGUUCCAGCUAUGUAUGUUAGUAUACAAGCUAUUUUGUCAUUAUAUGCUUCUGGAAGAACAACAGGUAUUGUUCUCGAUAGUGGAGAUGGAGUAAGUCAUACUGUUCCCAUUUAUGAAGGAUAUGUAUUACCACAUGCUAUUAAUAGAAUAGAUAUGGCUGGAAGAGAUUUGACUUAUCAUAUGAUGAAAUUAUUUACAGAAAGAGGACAUACAUUUACAACAACUGCAGAAAGAGAAAUCGUACGAGAUAUAAAAGAAAAACUAUGUUAUAUUGCUUUGGAUUAUGAUGAAGAAUUAAAGAAAUCAGAAGAACAUUCAGAUGAGAUAGAAGAAAUUUAUGAAUUACCAGAUGGAAAUCUAAUAACUGUAGGUAGUGAAAGAUUCCGAUGCCCAGAAGCAUUAUUUAAUCCCUCAUUAAUUGGAAGAGAAUGUCCAGGUAUACAUAUCACAGCAUAUCAAAGCAUAAUGAAGUGUGAUAUUGAUAUAAGAAAAGAUUUGUAUAAUAAUAUAGUAUUAAGUGGUGGUACGACUAUGUAUAAUAAUAUAGGAGAACGAUUAACUAAAGAAAUGACUAAUUUGGCUCCUUCAUCAAUGAAAAUUAAAGUUAUUGCACCACCUGAAAGGAAAUAUUCAGUAUGGAUAGGAGGAUCUAUUUUAUCUUCUCUUUCUACUUUUCAACAAAUGUGGAUAACAAAAGAGGAAUAUGAAGAAUCAGGACCAAGUAUUGUUCAUAGAAAAUGUUUUUAA